UCUUCCUUCAAAAGUGUGAACGGAAUUCUAAGAAUAAUCUCAUAUAUCGCCAUGAUCAUAUAUAUAAACUUGUAUCAAGUAUGAAUGUUUAUAGCAAUUUAAGAGAAUGAUUGGUUCAAAGUUGCUUCUCUACUUUUCCCUUCUCUUGUUUUUCAUCUCUUUUGCUGCUUCCUCUUCUUCUUUUAUCAAUAACACUCACAAAUGCUCUACUCAACAGGCCUCUGCUUUGCUUCAAUUUAAAGAAAACCUUUCCUCCAUCAAUGACUCAUCUCAUGCUUGGGAAUGUCACAAUCAGCUUAGUCCUAUCAUGAACUGGAUUAAGAAUACAGAUUGUUGCAAGUGGAAUGGUGUCACCUGUAACUACAUUACUGGUGAUGUUAUCGGAAUGGACCUGAGUUGUGGCAUGCUAAGAGGUAAUAUCCAUCCUGACACCACCCUCUUUCACCUACCUCAUCUCCAAACACUCAACCUUGCUUACAAUGAUUUUACUGAUUCCAAACUUCCACAUGAAAUUAGCAGAUUUUCUAACAGUCUCACACAUCUCAACAUCUCUCAAUGUGGGUUUAUUGGUGAAAUUUCUUCUGAAAUCUUAUUACUUCCUAAACUGGUUUCUCUUGAUCUUUCUCAAAAUUGGAACACUGGCUUACGAAUUCGACCUUCUGUUUUAAACAGUCUCCUCCGAAAUUCAACUCAUUUGAGAGAGCUCUUGAUCACCAAUGUUCAUACAGGUUGGGUAUUACCCGCUUAUCUUAACAUCUCCUCUUCUCUAAAAUCCCUAAAUCUACGUAACACUGGUUUGCGAGGAAACUUACCUUGUGAUAUCUUCAGUAUUCAAUAUUUGGAAAUACUCGACUUGUCACAGAAUGAUUACCUCAUUGGUCCAUUGCCCAAAGUUAACACGAGCAUUAACAUGCCUCUCAAGUGGUUAGAUCUCUCAAACACAAACUUAUCUGGAGAGAUAGCCAACUCAAUUGGCCAUCUCAAGUCUUUGAACUACUUGGAUCUUUCAUACAACAACUUCAUAGGAGAAAUACCCUACUCAAUUGGUCGUUUGAAGUCUUUGAAACACUUGGAUCUCUCCUACAACAACUUUUCGGGAGAAAUACCCGAAUCAAUUGGCUAUCUCAAGUCCUUGAGAUACUUACAACUCUACCAUUGUCGUUUGGUGGGAUCACUUCCCAAUUCCCUAGUAAACCUUAGGCAACUUGUUACUCUUUAUUUAGCAUCUAACAUGCUUAAUGGAACGUUGCCCUCUUUCCUGUUUACUCUUCCCUUUCUAGAAAACAUUCUUCUUGGUGAUAACAUGUUUAGUGGAGGCUUGCCAUCAGAGUUCUUCAAGUGUCGAUCAUUAAAAAGAUUAUCCCUUUGGAGUAAUCAAUUUGAUGGUGAGAUGAAUAAAGGCUCCACUCUACCAUCUUUUAUUGAGCUCAUGAACCUCAAUCACCUUGACCUUUCAUGGAAUAAUUUCAAAGGUUUAUGGGAAUUGGAAACAAUGUUAUCAAGCCUACCAAACCUCCAAGCACUCUAUCUCUCUAAUAGUGGAUUAUCUGUUGUCACCGAUAAUUCUACCAUCUAUAUCAACCCUAAUUUCCAUACAUUAAAUUUAGCAUGUAGCAAGCUAAAUGUGUUUCCAAAGUCCUUACAAGCCAUGAAAAAUCUUCGAGGUUUAGAUCUAUCUGGAAACAACAUAGGGGGCGACAUUCCUGAUUGGGCAGGAGAGAUAGGAGGAAAUGGGUUGAUUUAUUUGGAUCUCUCAAAUAAUUCCAUAACGGGCUUGCCACAGUUCCAUUCGGAUAGACUAAUGCAAUUGUAUUUGCAGUCUAACAAGAUUCAAGGACCAUUCCCUCCAUCAAUUUGCAACAUGAGCACUCUAGAAUAUCUUGAUAUCUCGGAUAAUAGAUUUGAUGGAGUGAUUCCACAAUGCAUUGAAAAUAUCGUCUUCUCUCUUCGGAUGAUAGAUUUGGGGAACAAUCUUUUUCAUGGAACCAUUCCAAAUGUGUGUGUGGAGUAUGGAGAAUUAGAGGGAAUUGUUUUGAAGGGCAAUCAAUUUGAAGGAGAGGUGCCCACUUCUUUGUCAAAAUGUCAACAUUUAAAAGUACUUGAUAUUGGAAACAAUCACUUAAAUGGCACAUUCCCUGAAUGGUUAGGAUAUCUUCCAUGGUUGCAGGUUCUUGUUCUCAAAUCAAAUAAUUUUCAUGGACAUAUUAGAACCUCUUCUACGAUCAAUAUGUCAUUUCCACUUCUACAAGUUCUUGACUUAUCUCAUAACGGGUUUGUAGGUCAUCUCCCUCAGAAAUAUUUCCAAUACUUCAAUGCCAUGAAGGAUGUGGUAAGGAAGGACCCAAAACCAGAAUAUUUGAACACUGGUGGCAUGUAUUACUCGAUCAUUGUUGUGGUGAAAGGUCAACAACUCCCAUUUCCAAAAAUUCUGGUUGACUACACGAUUGUAAACCUAUCCGGAAACAAAUUUGAAGGACAGAUUCCAAACAUCAUUGGUACUCUUAACUCGUUGAUAGCUCUCAACUUGUCCCACAACAACCUUAAUGGUCGGAUCCCACAUGCUCUAGGAUAUCUCUCAAAGAUUGAAUCAUUGGACCUAUCAUGGAACCAAUUUAUAGGAGAGAUCCCUCGAAGUCUUGCUGACAUAACUACUCUUGCAGUCUUAAAUGUCUCACAAAACCAUCUUGUGGGACGUAUUCCACAAGGAACACAAUUCAACACAUUUGAAGGGAACUCUUUUGGAGGGAAUUUAGGGCUUUGUGGGUUUCCACUGCCCAAGCAAUGUGAACAUCCAAGUUCUCCACAGUUUGAAGUUGAUGAAGAUGAAGAUGAAGAUGAAGAUGAGAGUGGGUUUACAUGGAAAGUGGUGAUGUUGGGAUACGGAUGUGGCACCCUACCUGGAUUGUUGAUAGGAUAUGUAAUGUUGUCAACCAGAAGACCAAAGUGGUUCAAUGCAAUUGUCGAUUCAGGAGAGCAUAUAAUGAUCCAAACCUUCAAAAACAAGAGAAGCAGGACACGAACUUUUGGAUUGUACACUUGUAGAUUCAGUCUGAUCAUGCAGAUUCUUAGUUAUGUUGCGUUUUCAGUCCCUCUAAAAUUUGGAUUAUUCUUAUAUAUAUGUUGAAUUAUUACUUAAAUUACUUGGUAGGCCGGUGACCUCAUGUUAGUACUAAGGAAUCUUGAUCGCAGUUGAGUAUAUAUUUUUGUUACUUUGAUUGGUUAAUGCCGUUGAAUCUUAAUAUACUUCAUUUAUUACUUAUCUGCUUACUCUUCUGUUUUUAGUUUCUCUUUUUUUACCUUUUUAUGGAGUUAAUGUAACACUCAAAAUUUUCAAAUAAAAUUUUCAUUUUUAAAAGUUCACACAAAACAUAGUUUAACAAUUCUCAUGCCAAAU